UCCCCUCGUGCCAAAAGUGUCUACCUUACACCUGUAUAUACUCCCUUACGUAUUUACUCCCUUAACUUCCUUAGUCUCCCUUCUAUUUGCCAUUUAUAACUCCUUUUUUCCCCGUAUGGUUCCCUUAUACUCAACCUUGUUUUCCCUUUGUGUAUAUACUCCCCAAACUCCCUUCUCCACCUCAGUUUGUCUCCCCUUAUCUCCUCCCCACGAUAUGCUUCCUUAAACUAUCCAUUCGUAUCCCCCUUAGGCACUUGACACAACCCUCCCCUUACCCUCCUCUGUACAUACUAACUCGAUUUCCCAUUUCGCGUCCCCUUAUAUAACCCCCAUCGUGUAUACACUUCCUCUCGCCCCCUUUUCUCAACUCAUGUCAUAUAUUCCCUCGUUUUCCCUUUUUCCUUUUUGCCUUUUCCUUGUAUAUACUCCUAAGAUCACCCCCUUUUGCGGUCCCUUCGUCUCCUCUCGUAUAACUCCCCUCAUGCUUUAUAUAUUCCAUUUUCCUUUUUCCCUUUGCCGUGUACAUACUCCCUCGCUCCCCCCGUUUGGCGCUCCAUAUUAUAACCCCCAUCAUGUAUAUACUUCCCCUCGCGUUCCCUUUUAUCCUCCGCCCCAUUCCCCUCCUCGCCUAACUCCGCGCCGCACAGUUCCAGCGUACAUUGUAAAGACGUUUAGCGUGGAUGGCUUUCUACAAGAUGACGACCGGAGCCACACGUCCCCGGGCUCGGAGGACAACAAGAGCCAGAAUGUGAACCGCUCCCUCAGCCUCGUGGACAUGUACAUCGACACCUCCGAGCCCACAGAAAACGUCGGACAGAUCCAGUUCUCGAUGGAGUACAACUUUAACGAGAUGACACUCAUUCUGCGGAUCAUGCAGGCGAAGGAGCUCCCCGCAAAGGAUCUGAGCGGUACCAGCGACCCCUACGUGCGAGUGACGCUGCUGCCAGACAAGAAACACAAGCUCGAGACCAAGAUCAAGAGGCGAACACUGCACCCGAAGUGGCACGAGACGUUUUACUUUGAAGGUUUCCCUAUCCAAAAGCUCCAGAGUCGCGUCCUUCACCUCCACGUCUUUGACUACGAUCGCUUCUCCAGGGACGAUUCCAUAGGGGAGGUGCACAUUCCCCUCUGUCAGGUGGAUUUCUCCGAGAAGAACAACACAUUCUGGAAGGCGCUUCAUCCCCUCGAGAAGAACAAGUGCGGCGAGAUCUUGACCUCCCUCAUGUACCAGCCCUCGACCUCCCAGCUCACCCUCACCGUCAUCAAGUGCCGGAACCUCAAGGCCAAGGACAUCAACGGAAAGUCUGAUCCCUACGUGAAGGUGUGGCUAUACUUUGGCGAGAAGCGAAUAGAGAAGAAGAAAUCUGAGGUCCAGUUCUGCACCUUGAAUCCCGAGUUCCACUUCAGCGUGAUGUUCGAGGUGCCGUGGGAGCGCAUCCGGGAAUGCCAGCUCAACGUGACCAUCAUGGACCACGACAAAGUGGGCAGAAACGAGGCCAUUGGGAAGAUCAUGCUGGGCAAGGCAGGCAGCGGCACCUCCGAGACCAAACACUGGAGCGACAUGAUCACGAAGCCGCGGCAGACGGUGGUCAUGUGGCACCGCUUGAAGCCCGAGUGAGCCGCCCUGGCACUUCCCUCCCUCUCCUGGCACCCCUCUUGCACGAGGUGACGGGGGAGGGAAGGAGGGGAGGCAACACUACCGACCAAGCUACUACUACAACAACCACCAUCACCACCAGCAACCACCACCACCACCACCACCACCACCACCACGAGCAACCACCACCACCCACCACCACUACUACUACUACCACUACUACUACUCCUGCUGCUGCUGCUGUGUUACUACUAUCAGACCCCCGCUCAACUACUACUACUAUUGCUGCUAGUGUUGUUUCUCGAGGUUAUAGUUUUGGCAGUAACUACUACUACUACUACUACUACUACUACUACUACUGACACCGUGUUACUAUCAGACUACUACCACUACUACUAUUGCUACUUCUACUUCUAUUACUACUACUUCUACUACUACGACUACGACUACUACUACUACUGCAAUUGCUAUUUCUCGAGAUGUCAGCACUUGAAAAAAUUGUAAUGGGAACUGAAAUUUGGUGCAAACCCGAUGGAAAAACUAAGCUAUCUGAAGUAGUACUUAUGAUGGUCCGACAACUGGUUACAUUCUCGUUUAAUAUAUGCAAAAAAAUAAACAAGGUUGUGUAGAAGAUUUUUUAUAGUCGUACGAACACACACACGUACACGAUUUUUGCCACACACGCACGCACACACACACACACACUGAUGCUGAGUUUGUGUGCGUGUGUGCGUGUGUGUGUGUUCAUCGCUAGCUCGUACACACAUUCAGGUCCUCGGCGUGUGAGUGCCCUUGAAAUAUCUGUCUCCCCCGCACGCCGUCGGUCUAUUGAAAAAAAUAAAUGGAAAUAAAAUGAACAAGUGUAUGUAAUUUAUUAUAAGAUAACAAUACGUACUCGAACGCGCUCAUAGUACUCCUCUAAUACUACUACUAAUGGAUGUAUGAUGUAUAAAUGUUAGUAGUCGACGCCCAUGCACUCUCAAGCGUCUUUUUAAAUAUGCAAAGUGAAAAAAUAAACUCAAAACGCUUCUGUAAACAUAUUUUCUGUGUAACUGUGAAUGGCUAAGAGAGCAAACGAGCAAGCAAGCAACCCAAGCCAUUCACACACGCGCGUACGCUAUUUUUUUUAUCAAGCAAGCAAGUCCGUCAGCAAGGCAAGGGUCAGUCAGCGUCUUGUCACUGUCUUGCUAAAUAAAGCCCGUAUUUCUAAACCCAUCGGCGCCCAGCAUACGCCUGUUUGAAAAGCCUCCCGUUGUAGAAGUUGCCGGGCUUUUCAUGGGCUGUUUCGUGAUCCCCGUGAUAGUUUUACACGACUUCUACAUCUUGGAAAGGGAAGAGCACCCAUGAAAUCCCGGUUACCCUUCUCUGUGGCCUUGGGAAACGGUCGUGAUGGGAGGCCGAUGGGUUUGAUGAUACGCGCCUAUGUCGUUUGUCUUCGCCUUAUCAAACAAAACCCACGAUUCGUCUUUUUAUCGACCCCUCAAACGACGACGCACAAAAAUAAUGUGAAAAACUUGUAAUUAUUGAUAAGGAAAACGCGAGGAGGCUGUUGUGUAUCAUAAUUAUUGUGUUUUUUCUUACCAGCGUUCGUUGUCUGAUUGUCUUUUUUUUUUUGUAUUGCUUCUCUUGGAAUUUAUUGAUGCGAAACACACUUGUUUUUAAGACUCGAGGAAACGAGAAGAAACUGAAACGGGGGACGGCCUGAUUUUCUCCCCCUUGCCCCUCCCACCCCUCCUUUCCCUUCCCCUCCCCAUCUCUCCCCGCUCCCCUUCCCCCGUUAUCAUCACCCACGCCCCCACCAAACUCCCCCCCCACCCCCACCCUUCUCCCCAGGAUCCAAAGAAUGAAAAAUCAUUGUUGUGGGUUGGGGUUGAAUAGGGGGAUCAGAAAGGGGUUCAGACGGGGUUUACUUGGGCACAGGAAGGGGUUUAGGGCCUUCAGAGAGGGGAUUCCGCCGGAGGGGUUUGAUCCGUUUCACUGGGGCUUGACUGAGGGUUUGAGUCGCGUUCAUCGGGCCUUGGACUAGUGUUCAGCGGAGGGUUCGCGCCGCGCGUCGCGCCGAGGCAGCAGCGCCGCGUCUUGUCUUGUUGUGAGCGAGAUGCGCCUCGUCAGCCGCGCCAUCUCGUAUUGUCGUUGUCUUUGUGGUCGUCCCCGCGUUGGGUGGCGGUGCCCCGGUAGGUGGUGGGCGCCGCGGGGGCCAGGCAGGGCCAGGCAGGGCCAGCAGCCGCCGCCGCCGCUUCUCUUCAUGUUUUCCGGCCCGCCGCCGCCGCCGCCGCUGGUGCCGUUUUUCGUAUCGUUUGAUAGACGAUGGUGGAGUUGUAGGUAAGAGUUUUUUUUUCUCCUCAGAUACUGUUUGUAAUGGUCAUAUACAUAAUAUAUAUAUAAAUAUAUUUUGCUUUCCUCGGUUGAUACAUGGUAGGAUCUCUUUGUAAUAUAUUGUAUAUGUGGCUCAAUACAUAGAGAUAUAUAAAUAUAUAUAUAAAAAAUGAAUAUAUGAAAACAACUGUAGCGUAGUGGCUGACAAAAAAAUAACCAAAAAAACAACACCCCACACCCCGACAUCCCCCCCCCCUCCAGAACCAUUAAAACAAAAAACACCCAAAAAAAGAGCAUAAGCAUAAUAAUAACUACAUAACUACUCCUAACUACAACUACAACUACUACUACUCCUACUACCACUAACCGCAGUACUACCGUGGACGUGAUACAAAUACCUCGUCACCGCGGCGCGCGACGUAACGGGGCGCGCGGGGCCGUGACGCUCGUAUAGGUCGUGUGUAGGUCGCCGUCGCGUCGCCGAGCCGUCGUAGCGCUGUCGUGGCGUUGUCGUGGCGUGCAGGAGCGGUGCUGGAGGCUCACCGUCAGGCCGCGAAUGGGAUGAUGGACCUGACAGCACGCGCCGCAGCGGACAGAUCGACACAUUACCAUUACCUUGUUAUCGUAGAUUUGGACGAGGGAGCUUUUUGAUCACCCAGCGCCGGGCACCUCCCACUCCCUCCCUCCCCCCCUCCCUUACCCCCUGAUUCCCUUACCCCCUAUCCUCCCUUACUCCCUCUCCUCCUCUCUCUCCUCCCACGCUCCCUUACCCCGCUCUUCCUUCUUCUUCCUCAUUACUCAUCUUCCUUUUUAUCUUUCUCUCCUCCUUGUCCUCCCUUAUUCCUGGUCUCUCUCUCUCUCCUCCUUGUUCUCCCUUAUUCUCUUACUUUACCUCUUCCUUAUCCUCCCUUACUCCUUCCAUAAUCUCCCUUUACCUCCAUUCUCUUCUCCCUUAAUUUCUCUCGUGCUCCUCUUCUCCUCCCUUUCUCCCUUCUUUUGGUCAACGCUCUAACUCAGUAUCCCUUUAGUCUCCCUUUCUUUCCCUUCUGUUCUUUCCCUUUUUUCUCUCCCUUUACUUUCUCUUUUCCCUUUAUCAACCUUCACUUUCUCCCUCUUUCACUCCCUCGUCUUCCUAUGUAUUUCAUAAUCCAUCCUCCUCCUCCUCCUCCUCCUCCUCGUUUCCUUUAGCUGUUUCCGUCUCCUUUAUCUCCCCUCCCUCUUCCUCUCUUAUCUCCCCUCCCUCUUCCUCUCUUAUCUCUCCUUCCGCCAUAUCAUUUCACUCGACACUCCCAUCUUCUCCUUCCUCUCUUUCUCUCUUUGCUUUCCUUUACUUCCCUCCUUUCUUGUCUCAUUCCUCUUCUUCCCUCUUCGAUAUUUUCCUUUCCUGCAAUACUCAAACUCACCUCCAUAUUUGACCCUUUUUUUCUUUGCAUGUUUUUUCUCUUUUUCCUCGGCUUCGCUUCCUUUCCUUUCUCUUCGCUUUCAUGUUUCUUAAUUCCCUUCCUUAUCCUUUCUUUCCCAUUUACUAACCCUCCUCUACUUUCUUUUUUUCCUUCCUUCACAAUUUUUAUUUCCCUUUUCUCUUCCUUAUUCUCCCUAACUCCGUCUAUAGUUUGAUAUUUCCUUUAACUUCUUCCCUAAUCUCCCUUUACCUCCAUUCUCUUCUCCCUUAAUAAUCUCUCUCGUGCUCCUCUUUUCCUCCCUUUCUCCCUUCUUUUGGUCAACGCUCUAACUCAGUAGCGAUUUAGUCUCCCUUUCUUUCCCUUCUGUUCUUUCCUUCCCCGUCUUUGAUUUCUUUUCCUUGCUCUUUCUCCCUUUCCUCCCCUCCCUCACAUCCCUUUCCUUCCUCCGUCCCUCCCUAGCCCGCCACACAUUCAUAUCAUACUCCUUACCUUACCCCCCUCCUACCCCCCCCCCCACCCCCCUCCCUAGUCCACCACGCCUGCCUUCACUCAACUAACCAUUCGCACAGGGCAGCUAAUUAUUAUAUUUUGGGGGUCGUACGUGUCUUUUGCUGUUAGGUGUGUAUUAUUACGUACUAAUAUAGGCAACCAACGAAAGUCUCUCUCUGUCUAUAUCUAUUUAUCGUUCUCUCUCUCUCGCUCGUUUGUUAUCUCUCUCAUCUCUGUCUCUCUUUUAUUGUCUCGAGUUCUAUCUUUCUUGUUAUUUCCUUCCAUUAUCGUUCUUGUUUUCUUGUUCUCGUUCUCUCGUUCUCGUUUUCCUCCUUGUUUACUUCUUCUCGUUCUCUUUCUCUCUCGUGGAUCCAAAGAGCUGGCCUCCAGAUCCUCCUUUCUACCUUUUUUUCUCUCGUUUUUUUCCCUUUUUUCCUUUUCUGUCUUUCCUAUGAUAUAUGUUUCUGUUUUCCCAUUAUCUCUCGUCUCUGUCUGUCUGUUUUUCUAUCUGUCUUUUUGUCUGUCUGUCUGUCUAUCUCUCAAGGUCAGAGUUCUCCAUUGUUUACUAACCCGUACAUCUGUUUGUCGGUUGGUCAGUGUACAGUAAACUAUUUCUUAAGGUUUAGAAAUACAUAUAUUCUCUUAUCUUUCCUUACCUUACCUUACCUUACCUUACCUUACCUUGCCUGAACUACCCUGUCUUUUCUUCGCUUCCCUUCCCUUCCCUUCCCUUUCAUUACCUUACCUUACCUUCUUAACUUUUCUUCCCUUCCCUUACCUUACCUUACCUCACCUUACCUCACCUUAUCUUCCCUUACUUUCUCUUUCUUCCCAUUGCUUUCUUUUCAACUGUUUAUUCAUUCUCUUUUCAUCUUUCAUUUGUUUUCUCCUCCUCCUCCUCCUCUACCCUAAAUCUUUCCUGCAAAUUUUCCCACCCUUCCUCUCCCUUUCCCUCCUCCUCCUCCUCCUCCUCCUCACGCUUUCUGGUACCGUUGGGAUCAUCUGAACCACACACACACACACACACACACACACACACACACACACACACACACAUACACAC